AUGUCUAAGUUCAUGCUCCUGGCCCUUGCUUUCACCCAGGCGUUGGCGAACAACGGCACCGAAGGCACGCGGGGCCGACCUUUGGCCGACUGUGGCCUGCCGGGCCGAGUGGACUGCGGCUUGUGCAUGCGGUGCGUGCCCGCAAGCACCUGCGACGCCUUCACCAAGGCCUUGCCGAUCGAGGGCACCAACCGCACGCUGCGGGGCCACCCUGUGGCCGCGUGUGGCAUGCCCGGCACGGUGGACUGCGGCAGGUGCACGUGCGUGCCCGCAAGCACCUGCUGGUCCUAUAGCAAGGCCCUGCCGAUCAACAGCACCAACGGCACAGCGCGGGGCCGUUCUUUGGCCUCUUGCGGCCUAGCUGGCAUGGUGGACUGCGGUGUUUGCAAGUGCGUGCCUGAAAGCACCUGCCAGUGGUGCAGCGGCACAGGCGGCGCCGCCGAGAUCGAUAGCUCGGCGCCGGCCGCGAGCUCUGGGGGCGGAGCCUGUGGCUCCCCAGACCUGGUGAACUGCGGGGUCUGCCGCUGCACUACGAGGAGCGCUUGCCAGUACUGCGACGGCAAGGGGGGCCCCGCAUCGAUCACCUCCGCCAGUUGGAGCCUCUCGCCCAUGGUGAGCCUGGCUGCAUUGGCGCUGGCGGCGCUUCUGUGA